GGCCCCCCCGAGUUUGGGGGUGAUGGGGGGGUAGGGGGGGGUCUGCCCAGCGCCCCCUCCCAGCAGCUGGUGGGCAGCAGCGCCCCGUUGCCCCCCGUCCCGGAGGACAAGGCCGAGCAGAACCCGACCCACCUGGGCCAGAUCCAGCCUGAGCUCUACGGCCCCGGGGAUACCGCCGAGCCCGGGGGGGCCCGGGGGGGCGCCGGGGGGGGCCCCCCCCCUCCCUGCGGCCGCCUGAGCGUGUCCCUGCGCUAUUCCUACGGCUCCCAGCAGCUCGUGGUCCGCGUGCUCCGCGCCCGGGACCUCCCGGCCAAGGAUUCCAACGGCUUCUCUGACCCCUACGUGAAGAUUUACCUCCUCCCCGACCGCAAGAAGAAGUUCCAGACCAAGGUGCUGAGGAAGACCCUGAACCCAGAGUGGGACGAGACUUUCAGCUUCGGGGUGCCCUUUGCUGAGCUGCCCUCGCGGCGCCUCCACUUCAGCGUCUACGACUUCGACCGCUUCUCCCGGCACGACCUCAUCGGGCAGGUGGUGCUGGAGAACCUGCUGGAGGCGGCCGAGGGGCGGCCCGAGGUGCCCAUCUGGAGGGACAUCCAGGAGGGCACGGGGGAGAAGCCAGACCUGGGCGAGGUGAACUUCUCGCUGUGUUACCUGCCCACGGCCGGGCGGCUCACGGUGACCGUCAUCCGGGCGUCCAACCUGCGCGCCAUGGACCUCACGGGCUACUCAGACCCCUACGUGAAGGCCUCGCUCAUGGCUGAGGGCCGGCGACUCAAGAAGCGCAAGACGUCCAUCAAGAAGAACACAUUGAACCCGAGCUACAACGAGGCGCUGGUCUUUGACGUCCCCCACGAGAGCGUCAACCACGUCAGCCUCACCAUCGCCGUCGUGGACUACGACUGCAUCGGGCACAAUGAGGUGAUCGGGCUGUGCCGGGUGGGCAGCGAUGCCGAGGGUCCAGGGCGGGAGCACUGGGCGCAGAUGUUGGCGAACCCCCGCAAGCCCAUCGAGCACUGGCACACGCUCGUCGAGGAAAAGGCUCUGGUGGCCAAAGGGACCUCGCGGGACAAACCGGCCCUGGGGGAGCCCCUGGGCCCCCAGUGAGCCCGCUCCGGGGCCGGAGGGUCCGGCCCGGCCGGGGGGGGCCCCGACACCGAAGCCAUAAAGGGACCCCCGGGACCCCCCCCGGGGCCCCUCCGACCUGCACGACAAGGGGGGGCCCGGCCCCCCCCCCCACUGUGAACCCCCGAAAUCCAGGUCUGUGGG